AAACACUACACAACCAAACAAGCAAGAUCUCCAAAAACAAACGCCACAAGUAGCCUACUCUCCCAAAUACACCACAUCAAGAAGCCACCUCCACACACACAACCCCACUAGCAGCCACCCCACAAACAUACACCACCAACAACAUCUAUACAAACAUACAACACCACCAACAACAUCUAUACAAACAUACAACACCACCAGCAACAUCCCCGCAAACAUACAAAACCACCAGCAGCAUCCCCGCAAACAAACAACACCACCAGCAACAUUCCCACAAACAUACAACACCACUAGCAACAUCCUCACAAACAUUCAACACCACCAGCAACAUCCCCACAAACAUACAGCACCACCAGCAACAUCCCUGCAAACAUACAAAACCACCAGCAACAUCCCCACAAACAUACAGCACCACCAGCGACAUCCCCACAAACAUACAGCACCACCAGCAACAUCCCCACAAACAUACAGCACCACCAGCAACAUCCUCACAAACAUACAACACCACCAGCAACAUCCCCACAAACAUACAGCACCACCAGCAACAUCUCUGCAAACAUACAACACCAGCAACAUCCCCGCAAACAUACAACACCACCAGCGACAUCCCCACAAACUUACAACACCACCAGCAACAUCCUCACAAACAUACAACACCACCAGCGACAUCCUCACAAACUUACAACACCACCAGCAACAUCCCCACAAACAUACAACACCACCAGAAACAUCCUCACAAACUUACAACACCACCAGCAACAUCCCCACAAACAUACAGCACCACCAGCAACAUCCCUGCAAACAUACAACACCACCAGCGACAUCCCCACAAACUUACAACACCACCAGCAACAUCCUCACAAACAUGCAACACCACCAGCGACAUCCUCACAAACUUACAACACCACCAGCAACAUCCCCACAAACAUACAACACCACCAGCAACAUCCUCACAAAUUUACACCACCAGCGACAUCUCCACAAACAUACAACACCACCAGCAACAUCCUCACAAACAUACAACACCACCAGCGACAUCCCAACAAACUUACAACACCACCAGCGACAUCCCCACAAACAUACAACACCACCAGCGACAUCCCCACAAACAUACAACACCACCAGCGACAUCCCCACAAACUUACAACACCACCAGCAACAUCCUCACAAACAUGCAACACCACCAGCGACAUCCCCACAAACUUACAACACCACCAGCGACAUCCCCACAAACAUACAACACCACCAGCGACAUCCCCACAAACAUACAACACCACCAGCGACAUCCCCACAAACUUACAACACCACCAGCAACAUCCUCACAAACAUGCAACACCACCAGCGACAUCUCCACAAACAUACAACACCACCAGCAACAUCCUCACAAACAUACAACACCACCAGCGACAUCCCCACAAACAUACAACACCACCAGCGACAUCCCCACAAACUUACAACACCACCAGUGACAUCUCCAAAAACAUACAACACCACCAGUGACAUCCCCACAAACAUACAACACCACCGACAUCCCCACAAACAUACAACACCACCAGCGACAUCCCCACAAACUUACAACACCACCA